GCGCUACGGCACCACCGCCGCCUGGCGCGCCUGGGCCAGGUACACCAGUGGCGAUGGCAGCUCCACGAAUUCCGAUUGGAGGAUGUCCGACGCCGAGAGCGACUGGAGCAGCAUUGGCCUCUCCAUCGAUACCGCCAUGGCAGGAUACACCAGCGCACAUGAAGGUGGAUACGUUGCGCUCACCAGCGGUGCCCGCGGGAUCACCAGCAGUGGCAAG